AUGGCCUCGACUACAAGGCCACGUGUGCUGUUAUUUGACGUUGGCGGGGUUUGUGUAGUAUCGCCAUUCCAAGCAAUCCUGGACUACGAAAUCGCAAACAACGUCCCGCCAGGAUGGGUGAAUUUCAGCAUCUCACGCACAUCCCCCAACGGAAGCUGGCAUAAGCUCGAACGCGGCGAGAUUGCGAUGAAUGCAGAGUUCUUCAAAUCAUUCAACCAAGAUCUGCAGCAGCCAACACUCUGGAAGGAAUUCCAUCAGCGGCUGCGGGCAAAGAAAAGCGCGGCGAAUACUACUAGCAGCAGCAGUAUAUCAGAUCCUCUUCCGGCUUUACCCAAAAUCGAUGCAGAGUAUUUAUUCUGGGAGAUGAUGCGCAUAUCUCGCGAACCAGACCCAUUUAUGUUCCCUGCGUUGAAAAAGCUGAAAGCUUCGGGGAAAUUUAUCAUGGGCGCACUCUCUAACACAGUCGUGUUUCCGCCUGGUCACCAGUAUGAGAAGGAUACAAUUGGACUGCGCAAGCAAUUCGAUUUCUUUGUUUCAUCCGCGCAUUCUGGUCUUCGAAAGCCAGAUCCAAAGAUAUAUGCAUACGCUUUAGAUAGAAUGAACGAGCUAGCUUCUCAUAGAGGAGAGGCGGAGAUUGAGCCGUCUGAUGUGAUCUUCUUGGAUGAUAUUGGGGAGAAUUUGAAGGGGGCGAAGAAGGCGGGCUUUGGAACAUUGAAAGUUGUCCUGAGCAGAACCCAGGAUGCAGUUAGAGAGUUGGAACAUAGAACAGCACCCGACAACCGUCAAGAUGGUGAGUUCUUCUUGAUUGCCAUGCAGCUGCAGCACUGCAGCUGCGCCCACUUCACACCCCACGAAAUCCUCCUGAAAUCGACCAGGGCUUUCCACAAGCUCGUGAAGAACAGCGCGUACUACAGCCGCUACCAGACCAAGUACAAGCGUCGUCGUGAAGGAAAGACCGACUACUAUGCUCGUAAGCGCCUGAUCACCCAGGCCAAGAACAAGUACUCGGCCAAGAAGUACCGUCUUGUCGUUCGCUUCACCAACCGCGACAUCAUCACACAGGUCGUCUACUCCGAGAUCACCGGUGACAAGGUCAUCGCUGCCGCCUACUCCCAUGAGUUGAAGCGCUAUGGAAUCGAGCACGGUUUGACCAACUGGUCUGCCGCCUACGCCACCGGACUGCUCCUCGCCCGCCGUCUCCUCAAGAAGCUCGAGCUCGACGACACCUUCGAGGGUGUCGAGGAGGCCGACGGUGAAUUCACCUUGACUGAGGCCGCCGAGACCGACGAGGGUACUCGCCGCCCCUUCAAGGUCUUCCUCGAUGUCGGUCUCGUCCGCACCUCUACUGGCGCCCGUGUCUUCGGUGCCCUGAAGGGCGCUUCCGACGGUGGUCUUUUCGUUCCUCACUCUGAGAAUCGUUUCCCCGGUUUCGAUAUCGAGUCCGAGGAGCUCGACGCCGAUACUCUCCGCAAGUACAUCACCGGCGGCCACGUUGCUGAGUACAUGGAGGCUCUUGCCGACGAUGACGAGGAGCGCUUCAAGUCCCAGUUCUCCGAGUACAUUGACAACGAGGUUGAUGCCGGUGACCUCGAGGACAUCUACCUCGAGGCCCACAAGGCCAUCCGUGAGGACCCCUUGAAGAAGGAUGAAAACGAGGGCCCCAAGAAGAGCAAGGAGGAAUGGAAGGCCGAGAGCAAGAAGUACCGCACCACCAAGCUCAGCCAUGCCGAGAAGGCUGCUCGCGUCCAAGAGAAGAUCCGCGAGCUGGCUGCUUAA